AUGACUCGCUUAGGCACCGCCCAUACUGAGACUUGCGAUCUUGUUGAACUGGAAGCUAUGCUCUUAGAAAUCAAGGGGAGCACGUCAGAGCCAAGGCUGGAACUAUCCAGGGAUAUUGAUGGCGACUUUGAGCUCGCCCGCGGGGAAUCGGACACCCCAUACCCGCCUUUCCAUUCACUAGCUUGCCAAUCCACACCGCUUACUAGGUGUACGGGGCCCGCGGUUCCUUUCGGUACGGACCCAAAGAGUCGCCUCUGCAUCGAUUCAGCUGGCUCGCUUAGUCUGGAGAUCGUUCCGUAUGCCGUGGCGCUCAUGCUCGAGGCGUCUAGUUGCAGGUGGGAACACGUCAAAAGAUGGAGCACGUACUUGUUUAGUAGCAACACAGAUGAAUUCCAUGGGAAGCGGGGAGUGGAGAACAUGAUUCGGAACGAGAACGAACAGCUCAUUGGCACCGGUAGUUACGUUGAAGAUGAGGAGGACAAGAAACGCCAACUUGCUCGUCGUCUCAUUCUCUCCAAUCUAGCUACGGAUGUAGAUAAGAAAUCCAUCUUGGUUUUCCUUGCGAAGUACCGAUCGAAUAUUCGCAGGGUUACCCUCCUUCCGGAACGCGAUCCGGUCAAGGGAACAAGGACUGUACAUAUUGACAUGGACUCAAGGAGAGCUGCAGUGUAUGCUUCGUUCCAACAUGGACACAUUUUUGGCCUAAUGGUCAAGAUUAAGCUGGCAGUGGAAUAA